CUGACAUGCGUGCGCACAUGCCGUGUUUAACUCGCCUAGUCUACCUACAGUUUGUAAGAAUUUAUCUCAGUGCGUAGUUACGGAGAGCAAACUUCCUGGUCUGAAAGCAGAAUCGCUUGGUGUUGAGGAACUAUUGCCGCAACACUUUACAAUGCAAGACCCAAAGAUUCACUCUACCCUGGGCAGCGAAAAAAAAGAUGCACGAAGCGUCUCGCUCGUCACACCUUUUUAAAAUGGGAAUGCACCAUGCUCUGAAUGCGGAUGUACUCGGCUAACAAAAUUCAUAGGAGAGUCAUUCCGGGAUAAAAGGGGAAAGAGGUGUUAUGGAUGUGCGAAAGUGCAAUUCUUAAAAUCAAUUGGUUCAGACUUUUCUCUUUUUUUCUCGCAAGGAGCUGUUAACAGAUGUUCCUAAUUCCACAGCCAUGCCGUGGUGGUGUUAAAAAGCGUUUUACUAUCUUAAAAUGGGAAGCAAUGUCAUGGAACCUAAGAGCAAAGAUUCCUCCAAGAAAAACUCGAAGAAAAAGAGAGUCAUUCGUUUAAAUAUGCCCGACCUCUCUCUCCUGGAUGGAGAGACUGACAGGAGAGAAAAGGAUGAUAAUAUGGCAAAGGGAGAAGGUAGCGGUCACUCUGCGAGCCCCACCAAAGGCCUCUUUGUGAGGUGCUCCAGCCCCAUGUCCGCCCCUCCCCGCACGCACACCAGCCCGGGCUCACCCAAGACCAUUUUCCCCUACCCGCCCUCCGCCCCCGGCCACCAGGACUCUCCACCCAAGUCCCCCCGCCGCCUGAGCUUCAGUGGGAUCUUCCGCUCCUCCUUCAGCAGCUCCGCCCCAGCUAGCCUCAGGUUCUUCUCCAGGUCCAGGAAAGCCUCAGGCCUGUCCUCUCCACCAGGCACACCGACCCAGACGCCCAGCCCGCCGGUGUUCUCUGUGGACGCCCAGAGCCCCGUCCCGGAGCGGGUGGAGCCGCGGUCCCGUUCCCCCUCCUCCCCCUCGGAGUCCAUCCUGCGCUACAGCCAGCCCCUCUCCUCCGCCAAGCCCCCCAUCCUCGCCUCUGUUUCCAAGUCUACCUCACGACAGAUCUCUGGAUUAGCCGAAGGCAUGCUGGAAAAACUUGAAAUUGAAGAUGAAGUGUCUGAGGAGCCAGAGAAUGACAUGUACAUGCAUUUCAUGAAGUCUCAUAAAUGCUAUGAUCUCAUUCCCACAAGCUCGAAGUUGGUGGUCUUUGACACUUCCCUACAGGUAAAGAAAGCGUUCUUUGCUUUGGUGGCCAAUGGAGUUCGUGCAGCACCACUGUGGGAGACCAAAAAGCAGAGCUUUGUGGGAAUGUUGACCAUCACCGACUUUAUUAUCAUCCUGCACAGAUACUACAAGUCACCACUGGUACAUCUAUAUGAAUUAGAGGAGCAUAAGAUUGAAACAUGGAGAGAUCUGUACUUGCAAGAGACGUUCAAGCCAUUUGUCAGUAUAUCACCUGAGGCCAGCUUGUUUGAAGCUGUCUACUCACUCAUCAAAAACAAAAUCCAUCGGCUGCCCAUCAUCGACCCAGUGACUGGCAAUGCCCUGUAUAUCCUCACACACAAGAGGGUCCUGAAAUUCCUGCAAUUGUUUAUGUGUGAGAUGCCAAAGCCUGCCCUAAUGAAGCAAACGUUAGGUGAGAUGGGUAUUGGCACCUACACAAAUAUUGCCUUCAUCCACCCAAACACACCCAUCAUCAAAGCUCUGAACCUGUUUGUUGAGAGAAGGGUGUCAGCUCUACCUGUAGUGGAUGAGUCAGGAAAGGUGGUCGACAUUUAUUCCAAAUUUGACGUCAUUAACCUGGCUGCAGAGAAAACCUAUAACAACUUAGAUGUGACCGUGACCCAGGCUCUGAAGCAUCGUUCGCAGUACUUUGAGGGUGUCGUCAAGUGCAACAAGCUUGAGAACCUUGACACGAUUGUGAACAGGAUUGUUAAAGCAGAGGUGCAUCGGCUGGUGGUGGUGGACGAGCGCUCGUGUAUCGAGGGCGUCAUCUCCCUGUCUGACAUCCUGCAGGCUCUGGUGCUCACCCCUGCAGGUGGUGAACGGAAAGAGAGUGCAGCUGAGUGACAGGGGGGCUGCUGUGGGCCCACUGGGAAAGCGCAGGGUUAGCAGGUUCGCCUGGUGGAACCAGACCGGUCGGUAGUGGCCUGAGGGUCCACUGUGGUCUGGUGCCCUCAUGCCAGAGCUGCACACCUGGUCACGCCCGGAGUUGGCCGCUCCUCAGUCCGCACUGGGGGGCGCAGGAUGGAGGCUGGAUGGACGUCCCACUGUUUCAUCCUCCUAACAAAACCAGGCCUUGUCUGCAUUGGAUUCAAAGACUGGCGCGACUCACGUGGCUGUUCUUGAUCUGUUUGUAAUGCCAACUGGGCUAGACUAUAGCCCCUGCGACUGCUGUAAAUGUUUAUUAUCUGCACACUUAUUAUAUGCUGCUCCUUGCUGAAAUGAAUGACAAUAGUGCCAAGUCACUCACUGUGUUUAUACCUGUGGCGAUUGAAGCCAUAGGACCUUAUGCUGCAUCAUACCAACUACUACAGAACAGGCUUAGGCUGCAUGCUUUAUCAAAACUUUUAGACAAAACACGUUUGAAUGUUUGGUGGUGAUAACACUGCAGAAAUGAUUUUGGACAAAUAUGGUUCAAGCCAACAACAUGGAACUGCUUGUUGUGUGAACCACUGGGUUGGUUGAACCAGUUAAGCAGGCAGAAUGGCAAGCAGUCUUAGAGCACACUUUGUCUCUUUGUUUUGAUGAUGACCCUAAUGCCUCAGAAUGGUAUGGCCAUUUUCAGGCAAGAGGUUGCAGUGGUUGUUAACUGAUUGUUUUAGCUCCUCAAGCUGAAGCUCAUUCUUCACCAGUGUCCAUUUAGCACUGUUAAUUCAGGUGUGUUUCUGCCAUGUUGUCAUUGUUCAUGAAGUAUUGUGCCUUGGAACAGUCUAGCCUGUACAGCCAACAAGUGAUUCUCACAGUCUUGGUUGGAGAGAUCCCCUAUUACAAAUAAUGUGAGUGUCAUUUGAAAGCAGCCCAAUAGAAUUGUGUCCAUUAUUUUUGUGGGUUUUUACGUUCCUGGAAAGGGCACAUAUUUUUCUAUAAGACAUAUGCUUUUGAAAGAUUACUUUUAAGCUUUAUUUUUUUUUAGAGAUACUGUAAGCUUUGUAUAUGUGUGUGUAUUUAUGUGGCUACAGUGUGCUUUCACUGACAUGGCUGGAAUAACACUAGUGUGGAAAGCAGCUUUUAAUGGGGUUGUUGUCCUGUCCUGUGCACUAAAACGCUGAUGACGACCAGUGAUGUAGUACCAGCUCCUGCAUGUGGGGGCAGAAGAGCAACAUGGACGUCCUAAUGCACUUGCCAUGCACUGUAAAUAUGGCCUCUCACUAGAGGAGCGUGGGCCCUCCAUUUUCAUGUGUAAAUAUUGUCAUGUGACAUACAAUGUCCAGAGUUAUUUCUUUCCCAAAAGUUUAAAAGUAUAAAGGAUAAAAAGGAAGUGUAUUAUAUGUAAAUAAAUGGUUUAAAUAGUG